UAAUAAAACAUGUCUAAGAAAAGAGGUUUAAGUGCGGAUGAAAAGAGGACAAGAAUGCUGGAAAUUUUUCAUCAAAGUAAAGAUUUUUUUCAAUUAAAGGAGUUAGAAAAAAUUGCUCCGAAAGAGAAAGGCAUUACAAUGCAGUCAGUAAAAGAAGUAAUACAGAGUUUGGUUGAUGACCAUCUUGUGGACUCAGAGAAAAUUGGUACAUCCAUUUACUUUUGGUCAUUUCCUAGCAAGGCAAAAAAUGCCAAGAAAAGGAAGUUAAAUGAUGUUCAAAACGAGUUGAAUGAAUGUGUUAAGAAACUGAAAAAGACAGAAGAUUCCAUAACAUCUGAAUCAGUUGGAAGAGUAGUAAAUGAAGAAAGGGAAAAGAUACUGGCAACACUUGAACAAGUAACAAAGACAGAGGUUGAAUUGAAAAAAGAGUUACAGAAGUACAGAGAUUGUGAUCCUGAAUACAUUGCUGCAUUAACUGCGGAGAUAGAAGAAUUAAAAAGUGCAACUAAUAGAUGGACGGAGAAUAUUUACAUACUCAAGUCUUACAUUAAGAACACAUUUCAAAUGGAAAAUGAAGUUAUCGAACAGAAUUUCAACAUUCCUCAAGAUUUGGACUACAUUAAUGCAUAAAAUUUGAAUUUUCUCCAACAUUUAUUUC